AUGGCAUCCAAUUACCAAUUUUUAUAUCAUGAGAAUUGUGGUCGAUAUCCUUAUAUCGGCAGAAAAUCUGUAGGAAAAGAGGAUAUUCGAGUUGACUUCAUCUAUCAGUUUGUAAAGAAAAGAUACGUUAAGAUCCACUCUAAUCUCAGUGUAUUUCAUACUGCCCCUGACAUAAUUGGACCACCCAAAUUUUCAAACUAUGAAGAACCAUUUCAGAAAUUGAAUCGAUGGAAUAAUGAUAUCGACAUUUCAAUAACUCCGUGGCAAUACGAAGAAUCCAUGACAACUUAUCAUAGUAUACUAUGGCCGCCAUGGCAUCAACUUAGAAGACCGAUCGGAAAUAAUUAUAUUGGUAUGUGA